AUGACUUUCACCAUCCUCUCCGACGCUGACGUUCAGACUCUCCUUCAUAACAUCUCUCCAUCUGACGUCCAAGAAUUGGCGUCUGCUCUCAACCAAGCUCUCAUCCAAUAUUCUUGCAACGAUGAACUCCCUUACCAACCACACCGCGCCAAUGUCACUCGACCAAAUGGUCAAGCCAGCCUCUUCAUGCCCGCAACGACACCAUCAUCUAUCGGCGUAAAGAUAGGCGGUGUUGCACCAUCUCAAACACCUCCGCCUGGAGAGAAGCCCAAGCCUGCAUUGCGGAGUGUCCUUACCAUUUGCGAUGAGUUGGGUCAGGCUGUAGGCGUGUUAAAUGCAGCUGAGUUGACGGCAUUUAGGACGUCGCUGGGCAGUAUGUUGUUGUAUCGGUACCGGAAAAAGACAGAAAACAUCAUUGUGUUUGGAGCGGGGAAGCAGGCGGGGUGGCACAUACGCCUUGCUAUCCUUCUCAAAGGGGACGACAUCCGAAAGAUCACGAUUGUAAACCGAUCCAGUGCAAGAGCUAAGGACCUAGUAGAGUCACUCACACAGUCGAAAGUGGGGUCCCAUAUCAAGAUGGAAGUUUUUGAAGAGAAGGAGAAUGGUUUGGAAGACUUGAUCACCGAAGCAGACGUCAUGUUUUGCACGACACCCAGCACAUCUCCCUUGUUCCCUGCCUCAUACCUUUUGUCCGACUCUGGUCUUAGUAAAUCCCGAUUCAUCUCUGCAAUUGGCUCUUAUCGUCUGGACAUGCAGGAGAUCGACCCCGAACUGCUUAAGCAUAUCACCAACCCUUCGGGCCCUUUUGCGUCUCAAGUGCACCAAGGGUAUAUUACAGUCGAUAGUAUCAAGGGAUGCAUGGAUGAGGCUGGAGAGUUGGUGGCCGCUGGAUUGAAAUCAGAACAGAUGCUCGAGGUGGGGAAGAUAGACGGAUUGAGAAAGGAUGAAGGUGUACAGAAGUGGCUUGAGGAAGGAUUUGUGGUAUAUAAGAGCGUUGGAGUGGGUAUCAUGGAUAUCGCGAUCGGGAAGGCCUUGAUGAAUUUAGCCACGGAGAAGGGUCUAGGUGUCCAUCUGGACAGCUUUUGA